UAUAUAAGACCUUGCCUCAAAAACUAAAAUGAGUGUUGGAGAGGUUGCUUAGUCAUUAAGAGCACCACCUGCUCUUCCAGAGGACCGGGAUUCAACUCCCAGCACCCACAUGGCAGCUCAUAACUAUCUGUAACCCCAGUAUCAGGGAACCUGAUACCCACAGUAAAACACCAAUGCACAUUAAAUUAAAAAUUAAAUUAAUUACAAAUAAAAGUAAACAAAUUUUAAAAAAGGGAAAGUAAAAUGAGACGACAAAACAAACCUCUAAUACACAGUGUGCAAAUUCAAUCUAGGCAGUCCAUUCCAGUCACAAUGUAAUGGAGUAAUUCCUGGUCAGGGACAGUCCCAGCAUCCUGUAGCAUUCUGCAGCACCCAGCCAUUAGCACUAAGGCUGAGUAAUGCUAAGGGUUUCUAUAAGGUGUCCAAGCCUGGGCCAGGAAGAAGACUCAGAGUAUAGCCUGACAUCCUUGGGACCCAUAAGGUGUUCGGAGAAAAAUAACUUUUCAAGCUGUUCUCCGAUUUCUACUCACACCAUGACUCAUGGUGAACGCUUAUGCACUCACAAAAAAAUAAAAAAUAAAAAAAUAAAAUAAAAUUUAAGAGUCUGAGCCCUUGAUGAUCACAUCUGAAUCAACUUCAGCCCAACUGUGGCCAGCUUUCUUUUAAAGCUAUAUUUAGCCUCUGCUGUAUAUUCUAUCUAGUUUAGUUUUCUUUUCGUUUCUUUCUUUUUUUUUUUUUUUUAAAAACAACCCCUUGUUUCUUUCUGUGCCGAUAUCGCACCCGCCAACAUGGUGAACGUUCCUAAGACCCGCCGUACAUUCUGUAAGAAAUGUGGCAAACACCAACCCCACAAAGUGACCCAGUACAAGAAGGGCAAAGAUUCUCUGUAUGCCCAGGGAAAGCGGCGUUAUGACAGGAAACAGAGUGGCUAUGGUGGGCAGACUAAGCCUGUUUUCCGAAAAAAGGCAAAAACUACAAAGAAGAUUGUGCUGAGACUGGAAUGUGUGGAGCCCAACUGCAGAUCUAAGAGGAUGCUGGCUAUUAAGAGAUGCAAGCAUUUUGAACUGGGUGGUGAUAAGAAGAGAAAGGGCCAAGUGAUCCAGUUCUAAGCUGACCUUGUUAUGAAGACAAUAAAAUCAUGAGCUUUCACUCAAAAAAAAAAAAAAAAAAAAAAAACCCUUAAAAUGUAAAACUUUCUGACCAGUCCAGCAGAACCAGGGCUCCAGGCUGUAUCUCACUACCAAGUUGUAGGGUGCUGACCUAUGCCCUGGAAACAUGUCAGUCAAUAGAGUAGGUUCUUUUGUUGCCCCAUCGAAACAGCUUUUAGGAAUUUCAGCUCCCACUCACAGCUGACCACUGUCAAUGUGUCAUCCCAGGCUGCACCCAAGAUGUAGGAACCAUAUGCCAUCAAGCCACAUCUGGCCCUGAAGAUGUGGUGCCUUCAACUAAAGACAGGCCUCCACAGCAACACUACACUGCUCAGCUUAAGGGAGAAGCCCAAGUUAGAACAGCAAGUGUUCAGCAAGCCAUGGGAUAAUACAG